AUGGCAGUAAUUAUGGAAGGUGGACAAACGCACUUUUACGAGGAAAUCGAACCCUUUUGUCGAUGGAGGAGAACGGAAGACAUCGACAUUGUUGAGCUACAUCUUCCUCCAGGUGUGAAGAAAGAGCAUAUUAAAAUACAGAUCAACAACAAUGGUUUACUCACAAUAACAGGAUGCUGUCCUGUGGACCAAACAACAUCAAUCAAGUUCAGCAAAGAAACCAAAGUUGCGAAAAACUGCAGAAGAAAUGAGAUUCGCGCAAAGUUCUCAAAGGGAGUUUUGUACGUGACCAUGCCAAAGACGAGCCCUUUAGCGGCGGCUCCUUCAGUGGCUUCUAAGGGAAACACAUCAGAAGCUCGAGACCAUAAAGCGGACGAUGAUACGAGUAAUAUAUCAAAGUGUGCAAGUGAAUUUCAUAGCAAGUUUGGCUCAUUAAGGCAAAGACUAUGGAGGAAGACCGUCGUUGAGGGUGUGGCUGCCGUGGUGGUUGUGGCUGCUGCCGUUGUAGGAGCGGUUAAAGCCUACCAAUAUUUUAUGGCAUCACCUGUUUGA